AUGAAGGACGCCACCGAGCCCCAAGUCCGAUCGAGCAAUGGGAUCGGAGACGGGGCGAGUUUCGUGACACCAAUGGCUGAAGGCACCCGUACGGCGACGGAGGAUGGCCGGCCAAGGCUCAAGCCCAACUCUGACGGGAUUCAGCUUUUCUUCGGCGGACACGCGGGGCGAGAAUGGGGACCGAUGCCCUGUUUUACCUCUCAGCGCAGGAUGACAUGUGUAAUCCCGGGGGCGUUGCCGGAAGAAGUACUCCGGGCUGCGUACUUUGCGUACCUGCCAACCGCGAUCGGUGAUCAGUCGUGA